AUGUCGGGCCAGAGCCGUCCGACAGACCGCGUGCCGAAUUUGGAGAGCUUACGACUUUUCCCGUCCUCGCGGGAGACCCGACAGUUUCCCGCGUUUCGGUACGCGGACGUGCUGCUAAACGAGUACAGGAGGCACCAGGAGGGUCCCGAACCGACCCCUAAGCUGAGGGAAAACGUAGGGGGGAAGAUAUAUCGCAUUAAGAAUUUUUUGUCCUUCAUGGCCAAAGGAAGGUCAAAGCUCCACACUCUGACCUUCCUGAACGACAUGGAAAGGAUCCGGGGGUGGGUGCACAGCCUUAGGAAAAAAGUCAUCGUCGACACCACGAUAAACCACUACUUAAAAAACGUGGCGCAAUUCAUAGACUACGUGGUUGACACCCCUCCUGUGACCUGUCGGCUUUCGAAAAAGGCGCUGGUGGGAGUCCGUCGGGAGGUCCGGUCUCUAAUUCGAGGGUUGAAGCGGCAGGUCACAGUCCACCAAAUGGCGGUGAAGAGGUCGAAGGACGGGCGGCUAAUUUCUAAGCAAACCCUGUUCCGGUGCAGGGCAUUAGCCAAGGCCGCGAUCCCGAGGAUUUUCGACCAGCUGGAGAGAGACUUCUCUCAGAAGACUCAGUUUCUUCUUUACGGAUAUCUAACCGCCUAUCUUGGGUCCAUUUAUGGUCACAGAUGCGGCGUGUACCAGAAUUUAACGAUAAAAGAGGUGGAGGAAGCCGUCCAUUCUGGGGAGGUGUUCCUGAUUAACGUGAACACGCACAAAACCAACCAGGCCUUUGGACCGGCACAGCUGGCGCUGGUGAAAGAAGAGUAUGGGUGGUUUAAGAGGCUGCUGAGCAUCAAAGACAAACUGGUGGGCGGGACUGAGGCAGUCUUCUUUUUCUACACCUCCAAAAAGAACCCGUGCAAGAAUCUCAACAAUUACCUCCAGAUGGCGUGGAAGGAGAUGGGGCUGACGGGAACCCCCACUUUCACGGACCUCAGGAGCGCCAUUGCCACGCACGCAAGGAACUCCCACGGGGCGGACGCGCGGCUGAAAAUCUCCAAGUUCAUGUGCCACAACACAUCAACGGCAGACAAAUUCUACGCGGUUAACCUAAACUGCUCUCAGGCUAUGGAUCACCGCCGCCUUUUCGAGGCGGCAUUGGAGGGACCAGACAUCUCCCCAGACAAGGUGGUCAGCAAGAAGAGAAAGGCGGCGGACGAAGCUCCUUGUUCUUCCAAGCACAAACGCAGCUCUCCCUGCCGCUCCUCGAGUCCUGGGAGCACCACUACGGACGAGGAGGAGCCUGUUUACCAGGAGUCCGGCGUGUCAUGCCUAGACGAGGACGAGGACUUGGAGGAACCCCAGGACUUGGAGGAACCCCGGCCCACACCAAGGAGAAUGCUGCCGAAGAACAAGAGGCCCAUGGUGAUCCUCACACCGCUAAAGUUCCCUCGCCGGGCCAUCCUGACCUCCCCGGUCGGCAGCACCGGGAGCAGCCGCCGUUCGCCCCACACCAAAUCGUCCAGCAGCAUCAAGGGUCCGUCUUACAGGCGUCGCAUAAUAAAAACUUUCACACCGCUGGGCGUCGCCAAAGCCACGAAGGCUAAGGCAAAGGUCCAAAAGGCCUUAAAGACUCGAGCCCAAAAAAAAGCCAAGUAACGGUGGUUAUUGUUGUGUUUUGAAAUUUGUUCAGACAUGUUCAGACAGGAACAGUUGUGUUUUUAAAAUGUUCAAUUGUUCCCGAUGUUGCCUAAAUGUUCAAUGUUCUUGUUUUCUGUUUUUAAACUCUUCAGAUGUUCAACUGAUGUUGCCUAAAUGGUCGAUGUUCUCAUGUUGUGUUUUUAAAUUGUUCAGAUGU